AUUUAGCACGGGAAAAGCGAUCUUCAGCCACUGUGCGUCGCUCUUUAAACAUCGCUAUCAGAUCGCAACGAAACGUAAUGCCCUCGAAAAUGCGGCUGCCUAUGAAAUUGAGUGUUGCGGCGAUUCGACUCAUAGACUCGACAGUGACACACGAGACGUCGCACGUCGUAGCUCGCACCUGGCAGUAGCUGUUGAAAUGAGUGCCAAUACCGAUUGGGAGUCUAACGAGGAGCUGCAGCUCUUUCGAGAGUACCUGCGCAUUCCCAGCGUCCAUCCACAUCCGAACUAUGACGGUUGUUUGGAGUUCUUAAAGCGUCAGGCCAAGCAACUGGAGCUACCCCUGGCCGUUUAUUAUCCGAGCAAUGCGGAUAAUCCUGUGGUGGUGAUGACCUGGAUAGGUCUGGAGCCUGAACUGCCCGCCGUCUUACUCAAUUCGCAUAUGGAUGUGGUGCCCGUAUUUCCGGAGAACUGGACACAUCCACCCUUUGGUGCAGACAUUGAUAAACAGGGUCGGAUCUAUGCGCGCGGAGCUCAAGACAUGAAGUGUGUAGGGAUGCAGUAUUUGGGAGCCAUACGUGCACUUAAACAGAGUGGGUCCAGGUUCAGGCGCACUAUCCAUAUUUCAUUUGUAGCAGAUGAAGAAAUGGGCGGCGCUCUGGGCAUGCGCCCGUUUGUCCACACCGAUGAGUUUCGUGCCCUAAAUGUAGGCUUUGGACUAGACGAGGGUUUGGCUUCGCCAACAGAUGAAUUUCCAGUUUUUUAUGCGGAACGCAGCGUGUGGCGAUUUUAUUUUAAGGCUAGCGGCACCGCCGGCCAUGGGUCGUUGCUGCUUCCCGGCACUGCGGGCGAGAAGCUGAACUAUAUCGUGGGAAAAAUGAUGGAGCUCCGACGUAGCCAGGUGUUACGGCUCGAGAACAACCCGGAGCUGACCAUUGGGGAUGUGACAACCGUUAAUUUGACGCGUCUUAGUGGUGGCGUUCAAAGCAAUGUGGUGCCUCCUCAACUUACCGCCUGCUUUGAUGUACGCCUGGCUCUGGACGUAGAUCAUCGACAGUUUGAGGCGGAUAUGCAUAGGUGGAUCGAAGAGGCUGGUGGAGGCGUUGAGCUGGAGUACGAGCAUCAGAGGCCGCGAGUGGAGCCUACGGCCACCGAUGAGAGCAAUCCCUUCUGGAUGGCUUUCAAGAGCGCCACCGAUGAACUGGGUCUGGACAUAAAGCUGCAAAUUUUUACCGGCGGCACUGACAGUCGCUAUUUGCGUGAAUUGGGUAUUCCGGCCUUGGGCUUCUCGCCUAUGAACAACACUCCCGUGCUACUGCACGACCACGAUGAGUUUCUACAGGCCGAUGUCUAUUUGAGGGGUAUCGAGAUAUUCAAGAAAAUUAUUAAAAAUGUAGCCAAUGUGUAGGCAUUUCGUUAUUGCUUGCUAUAGAUUAAAUAUAAAAGUGGUUUCGAAAAAUAAA